CUUUGCUGCAAAUCUCGUUUUUGGAGAGGAUGAGUCAAAAUUUUGUACAAAUGGAUGGUCUGAAUUCGUUGAUGACAGAGAGCAAUGGGAAAAAGAGUGUUUAAAUGAUGAUAUUAUCAAUAUGUCACAUUGUUGUAAGAGGACAGCGGAGUAUCUUGAAGGGAGAUACGAAAACUACAUAAAGUUGUGUCCUAUUGUUGGAGGCAAUUGCAUUUGUCAUUUUCAAGAGCGAAGAAUAGACCGCAUUACGAGGAGCAAAAUGUCAGACCCAGUGUCAUGGGCGAAGCCAAUGAUAACUUGCUCGCAUAAAUUCAAGAUUAAUCUUUACAAAGUGGAACCAAACGUAAAAUCACCGCAGCCGUUUCCUGCCGGUUUAAAUAACAUCAAGUAUAACUUUAUACUGUAUGGAGGAAAGACAGUUUCAUGUGCCAUCUUAGUCUAUGUUCGUUCUUGCAAUUCCAGUGGAAAAGAAGAAAUAGCUAAGAGAAAUGGAAAUAUAAGAGACUGUAAAAAAGAUAUCCUUAAUUUCUAA